CUCGUGGGGCUCCGAGAGAGGCUGGCGCGGGGCUGCGAGGGCCGGCUGCGGCCGAGGGAUGCGCCGCGCCCCGCCGAGCCGGUCCCGCCGCUCCAGGUGAGACGGCUCCAAGAGCACCCCGUGCCGCGGCCAUGGGCACCCUGGGCAAGGCGAGAGAAGCUCCGCGGAAACCUUGCCAUGGCUCCAGAGCUGGCCCCAAAGCAAGACUAGAGGCCAAAUCAACCAACAGCCCUCUCCCUGCCCAGCCCAGCUUGGCCCAGAUUACCCAGUUCCGAAUGAUGGUGUCCCUAGGACAUUUGGCCAAAGGAGCCAGCCUGGAUGAUCUUAUUGACAGCUGCAUCCAGUCUUUUGAUGCGGAUGGGAACCUGUGUCGAAGUAACCAGCUGUUACAAGUCGUGUUGACCAUGCAUCGCAUCAUUAUCUCCUCGGCAGAGCUGCUGCAAAGACUCAUGAAUUUAUAUAAGGAUGCCUUGGAAAAGAAUUCUCCAGGAAUCUGUCUGAAGAUCUGCUAUUUUGUCAGGUAUUGGAUAACAGAAUUCUGGAUCAUGUUCAAAAUGGACGCCAGCUUGACCAGCACCAUGGAAGAAUUUCAGGACCUGGUGAGAGCCAAUGGUGACGAGUCGCACUGCGGCCUCAUCGACACGACACAAAUUAAUUCUCGAGACUGGUCCAGGAAACUGACUCAAAGGAUAAAAUCAAACACCAGCAAGAAGCGGAAAGUCUCCCUGCUGUUCGACCAUCUGGAGCCUGAGGAACUGUCUGAGCACCUCACCUACCUGGAGUUCAAGUCCUUCCGAAGGAUAUCUUUCUCUGAUUAUCAAAAUUACCUUGUAAAUAGCUGCGUGAAGGAGAACCCCACCAUGGAGCGGUCCAUUGCCCUGUGCAACGGCAUCUCCCAGUGGGUCCAACUGAUGGUUCUCAGCCGUCCCACCCCGCAGCUGCGGGCAGAGGUCUUCAUCAAGUUCAUCCAUGUGGCUCAGAAGCUCCACCAGCUACAGAAUUUCAACACGCUGAUGGCCGUGAUUGGGGGCCUGUGUCACAGCUCCAUCUCCAGGCUCAAAGAGACAAGUUCACAUGUCCCACAUGAGAUCAAUAAGGUUCUGGGGGAGAUGACUGAACUACUGUCCUCCUGCAGAAACUAUGACAACUACAGGCGAGCCUACGGGGAGUGCACCCACUUCAAAAUUCCCAUCCUUGGAGUGCACCUCAAGGACCUCAUUUCCCUGUAUGAAGCCAUGCCCGACUAUCUGGAGGAUGGGAAAGUGAACGUGCAAAAGCUCCUGGCCCUUUACAAUCACAUCAAUGAAUUGGUCCAGCUUCAGGAAGUGGCCCCACCACUGGAUGCCAACAAGGACCUGGUGCACCUGCUGACGUUAUCCUUGGAUCUAUACUACACAGAAGAUGAAAUCUACGAGCUUUCCUAUGCCCGAGAACCAAGGAACCACAGAGCGCCGCCACUAACCCCAUCGAAGCCACCAGUUGUAGUGGACUGGGCCUCUGGAGUGUCUCCCAAACCUGACCCAAAGACCAUCAGCAAACACGUCCAGAGGAUGGUGGAUUCUGUCUUCAAGAACUAUGAUCUCGACCAGGAUGGCUACAUCUCCCAGGAGGAGUUUGAAAAGAUCGCUGCAAGCUUUCCCUUCUCCUUCUGCGUGAUGGACAAAGACAGGGAAGGCCUCAUCAGCAGGGACGAGAUCACAGCCUACUUCAUGAGGGCCAGCUCCAUCUACUCCAAGCUGGGCCUGGGUUUUCCGCACAACUUUCAAGAGACCACCUACCUGAAGCCCACUUUCUGUGACAACUGUGCUGGCUUUCUCUGGGGAGUGAUCAAGCAAGGAUAUCGCUGUAAAGACUGUGGGAUGAACUGCCACAAACAGUGCAAAGACCUGGUAGUGUUUGAGUGCAAGAGGCGGACGAAGAGCCCAGUAGGAUCCACAGAGAACAUCAGCUCUGUAGUGCCAAUGUCCAACCUUUGCCCCCUGGGAACCAAAGAUCUGCUCCAUGCACCUGAGGAAGGAUCUUUCAUAUUCCAAAAUGGGGAGGCUGUGGAGCACAGCGAGGAGAGCAAGGACCGGACCAUCAUGCUCCUUGGAGUGUCCUCGCAGAAGAUUUCAGUUCGGCUGAAGAGGACUGUUGCCCACAAAACCACCCAGACAGAAUCGUUCCCUUGGCUUGGCAGCGAGACGCCCCCUGGUCACUUUGUGCUGUCUUCCCCAAGGAAGUCAGCGCAGGGUACUCUCUGUACGCACAGUCCGGCGUCUCCGUGCCCCAGCCCAGUGCUGGUCCGAAAGCGGGCCUUUGUCAAGUGGGAAAACAAAGAGUCCCUAAUAAAACCAAAACAGGAGCUUCAUCUCAGGCUUCGGACCUACGAAGAACUGGAACAGGAGAUAAAUACCCUGAAAGCAGAUAAUGAUGCCCUGAGGACCCAACUGAAGUUUGCGCAGAGGAAACUAGAAUCCCUUCAGCUUGAGAAAAGCAAUCACGUCUUAGCACAGAUGGACCGCGGCGCUUGCUCGUAAUCCACAAAUUCAAGGGACAGAUUCUGCAGAUUCUGAGAUCUCACUUUGAAACUGAUUGCAGAGGUUCGGGUAACUUUAGACUAACCGUCUUUGAAAGGGGAAAGCCAGCCACUGUCGUUGGCGUUAUUGUUUUUUUUUACCUAAAAUAUUUUUCAUGUGAGUCAUUGGUUUUCAGUCAGCUGACUCAAAGGGAAGAAAAACUCAAGCACACGAAGCCUCGAGCAUUCAUAUUCAAACGGUUUUCUUUCUUUACUGGAACCAAUACCAAACAUGUGCUAAAAUAAGACUACAGUUUCCUAAUAGUGUCUCGGGCAGCCUGCUUUACUGAUUCAUACUCAGAUAAAGAGUCCCUGGAAAAUAUAUUUGUUGCUCAGUUUCUGCAAACCGAGAGAUUUCCUUUGUUCUACCCAAAGCCUGCUCAUAGUGGAAACAAUACCCACAAGUGGUGACUUGGACAUGCCUGCAUUGUUUGUGAAAAUGAUCCCUACUUCACUACCU